AUGGUCGAGGCCGAAAUCGAGAGACACCGACCGAGACAGACGACAACGAACGAUGCCUUUGGUGAAAAGCUAGGAAAGCAUAAAGCGGCCACAGACGGACGCUACUGUGUGGGCGACAUCGACAACCACUUCCGGGCAAAUCGCAACAAGAGACGGUGUGAUGUUGAUGUCAGUUUUGGCAAGAUGCGCAAAGCGCUGCAUGGUGGAUUGGAUCUCGAACGCGAAUAUCCCGAUCGACGACAGGCCUUCGAACACUGCCAUCAACAAUUCAACUCGACUCUCGAACUCGACUCUCGCUCCUACUUCCACGAGUACCAGGUCAUCGGCAGGCAUUUGCCUACCGAGACCAACCCCACCCCGUCUCUGUACCGCAUGCGGAUCUUCGCCCCCAACGAGGUCGUCGCCAAGUCGCGAUACUGGUACUUCAUGCGCGGUCUCAAGAAGGUCAAGAAGGCCACCGGUGAGAUCGUCAGCAUCAACGUGAUCCACGAGAAGCACCCCCUGAAGGUCAAGAACUUCGGUAUCUGGAUCCGCUACGACUCUCGCUCCGGCACUCACAACAUGUACAAGGAGUACCGUGAGAUGUCCCGUACCGAGGCCGUUGAGGCUCUCUACCAGGACAUGGCUGCCCGCCACCGUGCCCGUUUCAGGUCCAUCCACAUCCUCCGCGUUGUUGAGCUUGAGAAGUCCGACGACGUCAAGCGCCCCUACAUCAAGCAGCUCCUGACCAAGAACCUGAGCUUCCCUCUGCCCCACCGUAUCCCCAAGAUUUCCACCAAGAAGGUCUUCUCCGCGAAGCGACCCUCGACUUUCGCCUAA